ACCGUGCGUUUCAAAAUUUGAAGAACUGACGAGUGACGAGGCAGUCAAACCAAGCGGAACAUCUCCCGUCCCGUCGCCUCGCCUCGCCUCGCCUGCUGCCGCCGCCGGCUGGUUUGGUGUCGCCUCUCCUCACUCUCUGACCUCACCGUCCCGGCCACGAGACGGAGGGUGAGCCCGGCACGACACCACCCACCAUGCCGUUGCCGCUGGCUAAGGCGAUGAAGGGGUUCUCGCCGCAGCCGGAGCCGUCGCCCGCCCGGUCGAUCUGCAGGUCGCAGCUGGAGCAGGACGUGAAGAGGCUGCGCAAGGUGCUGCAGGAGGAGACGGCGCUGCACGCCGUCCUCGAGGGCGCCCUGGGCCGCGCCGCCGUCACGCUCGCCGACAUGGCCUACCUCCCCACCAACGCGCAGGAGCUGCUCUCCAACAUCUGCAUCCUCGAGACCGCGGUCAAAAAGAUGGAGGAGGAGAUGGUCUCCCUGCAUUUCCAGCUCAUCCAGGAGAGGAACGAGAGGAGGCUCGUCGAGUACCGCCUCAAGCACCUCCCGCCGCAGCCGUCCGCUUGCUCUUGCCACUCCGGGAAACUCGGACCAGAUGAUACCAAGGGCGAGAAAUGCAGUAGCCAAGGGGAGGAGGUUUAUCCUCGUGCCAUCUUGCAUGAACAAGCUGUGAAACUACAGAGACAAAUCUCUGUUAAAGGCUUCGCGGAUCCUAACCAGCUUUCCGAGGACAUCGUCCGCUGCAUGAGGAACAUUUUUAUUUCGCUAUCAGAUUCCUGCAGGGACUCCUCAAAGAAUUCCUCCAUGGAGAAUCAGCAGUCUAUUCCAUCUCCCACUGGGAAUUAUUCAAUUUCUGCCUUCUGGUCUCUGUCGGAACCGUCGUCCAUAUCUUCUUGGGUACAGAGCCCUCAAGUAGAUUUGAACUACAACAAUAAUCUAUUAGCUUCGGAGACUGUUUUUGACCCUUACAAAGCUCGUGAGAAGCUUAGCUGGGCUGACAUAGGCAGCUACAGUGCGGCUGCUGAGGUUUCGUGGAUGUCAGUUGGGAAAAAACAACUUGAAUAUGCUGCCGAGUCACUUCGCAAAUUCAGAUUAUUCAUUGAGCAGCUGGCAGAAAUAAACCCUAUUCACCUCAAUGAUGAUGCAAGGUUGGCAUUUUGGAUCAACUUAUACAACGCGUUGAUGAUGCACGCUUAUCUGGCUUAUGGUGUUCCACGAAGCGACAUGAAACUGUUUUCACUGAUGCAAAAGGCCGCAUAUACAAUUGGGGGGCACUCAUUCAGCGCUGCAUUUAUUGAAUAUGUAAUUCUGAAGAUGAAGCCACCAAGUCAUAGGCCACAGAUGGCUCUGCUUCUUGCCCUUCAGAAGAUUAAGGUACCUGAGGAGCAGAAAAAAUUCUGCAUUGCGACGCCUGAACCACUUUUGAUGUUUGCCCUAAGCUGUGGAAUGUAUUCUUCUCCCGGGGUGAAGAUAUACACAGCAAACAAUGUGAGGGAAGAACUUCAAGAUGCACAGCGUGAUUUCAUUAGAGCAUCGGUAGGAGUAAGUCGAAAAGGGAAGCUUCUGGUCCCUAAGAUACUACACUGUUUUGCCCGUGGUUUUGUUGACGACAACAGCUUCCCUAUUUGGAUCUCGCAUUUUCUACCUCAGCAGCAAGCUACAUUUGUUGAUCACUGUGUGUCUCAAAGGCGGCAAAGUCUCCUGGGCACCCGUACUUUUGGCAUCAUUCCAUUUGAUUCUCGGUUUCGCUACCUCUUCCUGCCAGAUAUGGCAUCUUUAAAUUAACUUCCAUCCGAGAUUCAGAUGCUUCCUUGCCCAGAUAACCUGAAUGACAGCCUAACCGCCAACAGGAGAACAUAAACUACACAAGUGACAAAGUCCAAGCUCUGAUGGACAGUUGAAACAGUGUAAUAGCUGUCUCUCGAGUUACCAGUAUGUCUGGAAAAGUAAAGUUUAUAUCCACUGAUCAUGGGAGUCUUUGGCCCGUGUCAUUGAAAGUCACAGAUGUAUAUCGUUGGAAUGUCUUAAUCGGUUCGUCUGCCUUGACAUCUUGCCGAGUUUUAUGAAAAAUCUGUACAUAACUCCUACCUCCAGAUAAAAACUCAAGUUCAUGAUGGUGCUGUUUAUGCAUUA